AUGAAGAAUCAAAGUCUAGAAGCAUUUCAGCCAUUCAAAACAACUGUGAAUCAGAUCGAUCGCAUCAUCGCAUUGCAUCUCCGACCGAAACCACUACUCGAUAUCUCUUUUUCAUGGCGAGCAGCACUUGAUAACCAAACCAUCGCCGGCCAAGCAUCGUCCAUGGCUUCGAUCUCCACAUGCUUCGCCUCGACGACGAGGCUCUCCCAUUUCCCAUGCCUCUCGCCUCUACCAAAACCCUCUCUCCUCCUCCUACGAUCAUCUCCGAACUAUGACCAUACCCUGUCUCGCCGCUUUCGCCUUGCAAUCUUGGUCAAUCCCUUGAGGCCUAGGGUUUCGAUUCCGAUUAUCAGGGCUAGCGUUCAGGUUCCCUCCGGGAUCAGGCCCGGUGGUGCUGUGGAGACUGACAAGCUCUCGUCCGAUGUGAGGAAGCGGGCCAUGGAUGCGGUUGAUUCUUAUGGAGGGAGGGUUACGAUUGGAGAUGUGGCUAGUCGAGCUGGGCUUAAGCUUGAUGAAGCUGAAAAGGCUCUCCAGGCGCUUGCUGCUGAUACUGGAGGAUUCUUGGAGGUUUCAGAUGAAGGUGAUGUAUUAUAUGUUUUCCCAAGGGAUUAUCGCACAAAGCUUGCUGCUAAAUCUUUUAAAAUGAAAGUGGAACCGUUGCUUGAUAAAUCCAAGGCUGCAGCUGCAUAUGUGAUAAGGGUUUCCUUUGGGACUGCACUUAUUGCAUCGAUUGUUCUUGUAUAUACUACAAUUAUUGCACUUAUUUCAAGCAGAAGCGAUGAAGAUAAUCGUGGAAGGCGUGGAGGCAGAUCAUAUUAUGAUUCUGGUGGCACCUUUUUCUUCCGUCCAUCUGAUUUGUUCUGGUAUUGGGAUCCAUACUACUACAGGAGAAAACAAGAAAGAGAUAACGGAAUGAACUUUAUUGAAUCUGUUUUCUCCUUUGUUUUUGGUGAUGGGGAUCCAAAUCAAGGAAUAGAAGAAGAGAGAUGGAAGCUGAUUGGACAAUAUAUAACCUCAAAUGGUGGUGUUGUUGCUGCAGAGGAGCUUGCUCCGUAUCUUGACGUGCCGUCUGCAAAUGAGACAGUGGAUGAUGAGUCAUACAUUUUACCAGUGCUUUUACGCUUUGAUGGCCAUCCAGAGGUUGAUGAUGAGGGAAACAUUCUCUAUCGGUUUCCAUCCUUACAGCGAACUGCUUCAUCUCAAAAGAGCCGUAGAAAAGAAUAUGUUGGGAAAAAGUGGGCUGAGGCGUUUGAUGGGGCCAGGAAAUUUUUUCAAGAGAAGAAAUGGCUAUUCAGUAAAACAGGUUCAUCUGAGAGAGCAAUGGUUAUAGGACUUGGAGCACUCAAUUUUUUUGGAGUGGUUAUUCUGGGCAGCAUGUUAAAGAGUGUUGCAGCUGCUCCUCAGGGCUUGGUUUCAUUUGUUUCCGAGAUUUUCCCUUUUCUCCAGAUCUAUGCCGCAUCAUUUUUUGCAAUUCCAGUUUUUCGGUGGUUCCUGCUGCUCAGAACAAAUGCACGCAUUGAGAGGCGAAAUCUUGCAAGGCAGCAGCGUGCCAGAGCACUUGAAUUGCCAAAUCCUACACUUCGGAGUAAGCUGUUGAAUGCUCGAGACAUGGCUCAAAGGAAGGUGAUUGGAUCUGACAAGAUAGUAUAUAGCACCCAAAAAGAUCUCAUUGAUCAAGACUAUGAUGCCAGAGAUUGGGAACAGAGGUUUAAGGAAUUGGAGAAAUCAGAUUAGAAGGUCUGGAGAUUUUUUUUUCUUGCCUUUGCAUCCAGAUGUGGUAAGCACUAAGAUUCCAAGAAUACUGCAUCCCAACCCAUGCAACCCAUAUGGCAUUUUGCUUUUUAUCAGAUUUGUGGGAUGGUGGAGUCCUAGGUUCUUGCAAUGCCUUGCCAUCAGCUGUUAUCCUGUAUAUCUACUUUCCCUUGCAGAUCUUUUGACCAUUUGAUUUCAGAAUGGACCAACCCUUUUUGAUGCUAACAUCAAAAGUGGUCAUCAGGCAAGAACACAACAAGUGUAGAUGUUAUAUCCUAAUGUAAAAGUAUGUUAUGGCCCAGUACAUAAGAAAGAUGAAAAGCAGCCAUCACAGACUGAUGGUCACAUACCUUUAUUGAUGCAUGGUAUAUAUUUAUGGAUGUGAAAAAUGUUUGCAUGCUUGGGCAUUUUCUUC